AUGGCGCCGCCCACGCGACGGCAGGCGGCCGCCUGGCGACGCGGAGCCGCUCUGUGCUCCCUCGCGGCGGUGGCGCUGCUGCGGCGCGGGCUGCCGUCGGCGGCGUACACCGCCGGCCGCGCGCCGGCCCCGGAGGUGCAGCGCCGAGGCGCCCUCUCCGCCGCCGCGGUGGCGGCGGCCGCCUGGCCCCUGGGCGAGCACGGCGCCGCUCUCGCCGAGAGCCCCCCGCAGUCGCUGGACGACAUCUCUGGUUUCGAGGGGAAGCGCACGGACGUGAAUGGACGGUGGAGCUGCAUAUCGGCGCCCUACGGCGGUAGCAAGGACCUCAACCAGCGGGCCGUGUACAAGAAAGACUCCCAGGAGCUCUACCUCAUGGUGAACGACUGCGGCCAGUUCCAGAUCAACAGCAAGGUCACCGGGGAGUGCACAGGAUUCGCGAGGCAAGAGGGCAAGGGCAAGUGGCUGAUCGACGGAGCCACGGUAGACGGCAAGGUGAAAGUAAAGCCUGCGGUGACCCUCAAGAAGGGAGACAAGGUCGAGGUCCUGAAGGAUUUCAAGUCUGAUGACGAGGGUGAAAUCAAGUUGUCAAAGGGCCUGGCCGGCGUCGUGACGGAGGGGAAUAGACGGCGAGGGCGACGCCGAUAUCGAGUUCGACAAGGUCGGGGGGGCCUUCAUUUUCAAGGAGAACUGGGGCAAGCUGAAGAAGCUCUGAGGGGGGCGCCGUGGGAGGCCCGCCGGCCGCAGAGCGCGCCACCACGGCCCAGAAGGCCGAGCCGAGCCCUGCGCCCCUCCUGCGCGGGCGGCCCCCCCCUGGGCCGCUGGGGGAGAAGGCGAGCCCGGAGCGCAGCUGGUCGAGCGGCCUCGCGGUGGCGCCCCCUUUCCCUCGCCUGCUGGUACGUGCCCCGCGGAUGCGCGCCGGCAAGCAAUAUUUUUCAAUACACGCGCUCGGCGCCCCCAUCGGGUCAGACGGAAGGGGCGGAUUGGGAGAGGGGGGUCGCGACAUCUGCUGCAUGCAGCUGGUUUCGGCCUGGGCAGUUUCUCUGA